UUCGCUUUUAGGCCGUUAUAUAAAUAAAGAGUUUGCGUGGUUGUGAAUCGAACGUUUCAGGAAAGAGAAAAAAUAAAAAAAAGAACUCUCUAAAGUUGCUCCGCUCGGUACAAGGUUGGAUUUAUUGAUCGGUUUCUUUCUUAAUUUUCCUUCACCGCCAUUGCAUUUGAUCAAAUUUACCUUCUUCUCUCCCCUCUCGAGUUUCAAUCCUUCUGAAAAAUAUGGGUUCCUCUUCUCUGUCAGAAAACUGUAAGCAACAAGAUAAUAAUGGUGGGAAAUUCGUACCCAACAAAGAGGACGUACUGCAGAGACAUGUAGCCUUCUUUGACAGGAAUCACGAUGGCAUUGUUUAUCCUUGGGAAACUUUUCAAGGUUUUCGUGCGAUCGGGUGUGGCAUCAUGUUGUCCACAGUCAGUGCCUUUCUCAUCAACGCGGCCCUCAGUCGAAAGACUCGCCAGGGAAAGUUCCCUUCUCUGCUUUUCCCAGUUGAAGUUAAAAACAUCCAUAAAGCCAAACAUGGCAGUGACUCAGGAGUCUAUGAUACUGAAGGAAGGUUUGUUCCGUCGAAAUUUGAAGAAAUCUUUGAGAAGCAUGCCCAUACGCAUCCAAAUGCGUUGACGUCAGAUGAACUGAUGGGCAUGCUAAAGGCUAAUAGGGAUCCCAAGGAUUAUGCAGGAUGGUUUGCUGCCUAUACAGAAUGGAAGAUCUUAUAUGUGCUUUGCAAGGACAAAAAUGGUUUGUUGCACAAGGAUACAGUUAGAGCUGUUUACGAUGGAAGCUUGUUUGAACGCAUGGAGAAGGAAAACUCCGGCGGAGACAAAAAGAAAGAUGUUGUCUGAAAAAAUUUGGCAGAUUGUAUAGUCUGGUGUUGUCCAUUUAGCCGUGCCCGGUGGGUAAUCGGAAGUAUAACGGUGUUUAUAUUGAGCAGUGUAUGUUGAUAUUGUUUAGAGAUUGUGGAUGUUGUUUGUUA